AUGUCUUUGACAGCAAAGAUCGAAACUCCCAGCAUCACCUACGAGCAGCCCAUCGGUCUCUACAUCGAUGGCAAGUGGGUGAAGGGUGUCGAGGGCAAGACCUUCGAGACCAUCAACCCCACCAACGAGAAACCCAUUGUCGCCGUCCACGAGGCUGGCCCCGAAGAUGUCGACCUUGCCGUCAAGGCUGCCCGCAAGGCCUUCAAUGGCGUUUGGUCCCAGACUGCCCCGUCUAGCCGAGGCCAAAUGCUGACCAAGCUUGCCGAUCUCUUUGAUGAAUACUCCGAUACUCUCGCUGCUAUCGAGUCUCUCGACAACGGCAAGGCCCUCUCUAUGGCCAAGGUCGAUGUCCAGCUCUCGUCGGGCUGCUUAAGAUACUACGGUGGAUGGGCAGACAAAAUUCACGGAAAAACCAUCGACACAGACCCAGAGACAUUCAACUACACAAGACACGAGGCUGUCGGAGUUUGCGGUCAGAUCAUCCCAUGGAACUUCCCUCUGCUCAUGUGGGCAUGGAAGAUCGGACCCGUCCUGGCCACCGGUAACACUGUCGUUUUGAAGACCGCAGAACAGACCCCCCUCUCUGGUCUGUUCGCCGCCUCUCUUUGCGAGAAGGCUGGUAUCCCAGCCGGUGUGGUCAACAUCAUCUCCGGAUUUGGCAAGACCGCAGGUGCCGCCAUUGCCUCCCACAUGGACAUUGACAAGGUUGCCUUCACUGGAUCGACCGUCGUUGGCCGAACCAUCCUCCAAGCGGCUGCCAAGUCCAACUUGAAGAAGGUCACCCUCGAGCUGGGUGGCAAGUCACCCAACAUUGUCUUCAACGAUGCCAACAUUGAUGACGCUAUCUCGUGGGUCAACUUUGGUAUCUUCUUCAACCACGGCCAGUGCUGCUGUGCCGGUUCCAGAAUCUACGUCCAGUCUGGUAUCUACGACAAGUUCAUCGAGAAGUUCAAGGAACGAACUGCCAAGAAUGUUGUCGGUGACCCAUUCAAGCAGGACACCUUCCAAGGACCUCAGGUCAGCAAGCUCCAGUUUGACCGUAUCAUGAACUACAUCCAGUCUGGUAAGGAGGCUGGUGCCAAGGUUGAGACCGGUGGUGAACGCCACGGAGAUGAGGGUUACUUCAUCCAGCCCACCAUUUUUUCCAACGUUAGUGCCGACAUGAAGAUUAUGCAAGAAGAGAUCUUCGGUCCCGUCUGCUCUAUUAGCAAAUUCGAGACUGAGGAGGAGGUCAUCAAGGCUGGUAACGAGACCACCUACGGUCUUGCCGCCGCUCUUCACACCACCAACCUCAACACUGCCCUCCGUGUCUCCAACUCGCUGAAGGCCGGUACCGUCUGGGUCAACUGCUACAACUUGCUCAGCUACCAAGUGCCCUUCGGUGGCUUCAAGGAGUCUGGUAUUGGCCGUGAGCUCGGCAAGUACGCCCUCAGCAACUACACCCAGGUCAAGUCCGUCCGAAUGAGACUUGGCGGUGCUCUGUUUGGUUAA